AGCCAGGGAAUAAAAUGGCAUUACAAAUUUUGGACGAUGUUUUCAAAAGUUAUAAGCGUUUUUGGAUAAUUGCUUAUAUCUCUGGAACACUAGUUGACGCUAUGUUCAAACUUCUCAGGUACCUUCAGGACAUUCUGAUGAUGAUACGUACCAAUGUUUUGUGAAGAUAUGUCAAAUUGUUUAAAAGAUAUUGCAAUUCAAAUUUAAAAUAGCGGACAUGUGGUUAUUCCGAUGUUGACAAAACCGUAUCCACGGAUUCGGCAUGGCCCAAGGAAUCCAUAGACACACAUCUUGAUUUUCUGACAAACUGUUCAAAAGAUAUUGGCCAAAAUAGCCAUUUUUCAGAUCUCCUGACCUGUAGGUGGUGCUGUUCCCAAAUUUGGCAUGGACCCUCAGAUCAUGGUCCUGAUCAAGCUUACUAAUUUUCGUUUCGAUUGAACAAAGUUUGGCUGAGAUGCAGCCUCUGAACCAAUUUCGGGUCAACCUCGUUAAAUUCGUGACAUCAUAACUUUUGAACAAACAUGAAUAAAAAAAAUGUUCAGUCAUUUCUGUGCGGCUCAGUCCAAAGAUCAUGUGAUUAAAGUUUGGACAAAAUUGGAUAUAUACUGUACUUUUCAAAAUGGCCACUACUGUAAAGGGCGGAGACUUAAUGUAAGAUAUUGAAUGGCAUCAGUAUGAAGAAACUAAUCAGAUGUCUAGAGCAAAUGGUUCAAAAGUUAUAACCUUUAGAGAAGUGCAUUUUUGAACUGGUGGUGGUGCUAUAGAGUUGGUCCUAGAGACUCCAAAAUUGGUCAGAUUACUAGACAUUACCAUCACUACAAGUGUGCCAAAUUUCCUUCUUAUGGUUCAUAGGGCUGCCAUACUCCCAGUGGGGAAACAUAAUAAUAAAACUGACAAUUACAAUAGGGGCUCGGCCCCUAAUAAUAAUAAUAAGAAAACUAAUGGAUACUAUAGUUUACUAAUUAAUGAAAUGGAUGAGUUGGACCGAGCAUACAUGUGGAACCUUUAAAUACUGUUUAAAUAAAAUCUAAAGAUAAUUGAUAUAGUUUUGAUUUGGUCUGUACACAAUUUGUGGUAGUUUUGGUUUUAGUGACUUGUGAAAUAUAGAAUUGAAUAUAGAAAGAAUGAGUAGGUGUGUCCAAACUUUUAAAUGGUAUCAAAUAUGUUGUGACUGUGUACGUGUACAUGUGUGCGAGAGGCUUGAAGAUAGAUUCAUGUGUGUAUAAUGUAUCAAUCCUGGGCUACAGGCCAGCAGGUGUGUGUGUGUGGGUGAGUGAGAGAGAGAGGGUACACAGUGUGUUGGGGGGCUUUGGCUGUGCAACUAAGUAUAAAUAUUUCACCCCCUUCUCCAGUUCCCUUUUGUUCAUCAUCAUAGCGGCUCGAUGGCCAAUCCCAUUAAUCCACAGCUGAACGAAUGAAAGCAAGAGAGGAAAGAAAACACGUGAGGGAGAGUCAAAGAUAUAAAAGCCACAUUAAGGUUUGUGGAAAGAUUUGAAAGAAAGGAAUGAGAAUAUUUUCUGAUCACAUGAUGUAAAAAGGAGUGACAAAAUGUGAAGAGAAGAAAAUAAGUGGAGUGGAUAAAGUGAGUAUAACAAAUACUGCAAUAGCAACCAAUGUUACUUUAGUAUAAUAUCUAUACUAUUAAAAUUUUUAUUAAUAUUUUGAAUUCGUAUUCAUUUUUAUUUCUUCAAUGUUUAUUUUAAUUUUAGUUCAAGUUUUAAAAUAUAAAAAUAUCUAUGUAUUGUUUGUUUUAUUGUGAGGCUGAUGUGUCUCUUUGUUUGAAGUGAGUCAGUGUGUGUUUCCUGAUCUUUUGAAGAAAGGAUGUCACAAUUUAGAGAAGCUCAUAAAGAGGAUGAAUCUGAAAAGAAGAACUCUAAGAUGCCUCAAAAACGAAAGAAAAAGGCUGAACAUGACAAGGACAACAGAGUGAUGUCGAAGGAUAGGCUUCCUCUAAUUGGUUCAUCAGGGAACAGAACAGCAGCAAGGCCUUCUCUAUCCACUCCCCAACAUCCUCCUCAGGCCGACACGAGAAAGCGUGGCCAUCCUCCCAUCUCAUCUGUGGCCCCUGACAGCAUGGCACCCUGGGAAGUCUCCUCCCACUCCGAGUCCUCCUUUACCGAUUUCCCCCCUCCACCUUCACCCCUUCCUCUUGCCCACUCGAAGCCAAUCACAGCACCAGAUCCUCCGCCCCCACGACCCCCUUCUCAAAUCAAAAACAUUGAACCCGAGAAUGGGCAGAGUGCCAGAGUAAAACGCAAGCCCCUUCCACCAAGACACCCCCCUAGACCUCCCCGUUUACCCCCUCUGAGGCAAAUCACAAAUCUUAGCUUUUCUCGUAGUUUCACGUUUUCUUUUUUUGAGCUGCCAGUUCACCAGUCUGCACGAAGCAGAGCGGAGCGGCUCAGAGAUCUCACUGUGCUGCUGAAGCAGUUUCAAUACUGAGGGAAAACAUGCUACUGUAAGUUUACAUCUGGGGCAGAAAAUACAAUGUAUGCAGAUUUGCAUCAGAUGCUCAAAAUUACCAGGCUAUACCAUGGCUUCACAUCAGCAUUAUAUGCUUAAUUAGAUAUUAAGAUUAAGAGUGAUACAUUUUUGGCUUUUUAUCCUGUUUGUGGUGCAGAUUUCUGGUGUUGUACUUUAGGUUAAAGAUGCACUUCGUCAUUUUUAUUAUGCACUGUUUAUAUAUGCGCACCAAGGCUGCAUUUUAUUUUAUCAAAAAUACAGUAAAAACAUUGAUCUUGUGAAAUAUUACUACAAUUUAAAAUAAUUGUUUUCUAUUUUAAUAUGUUUUAAAAUGUAAUUUCUUAUUGUGAUGGCCAAGCUGAAUUUUCAGCAUCAUUACUCCAGUCUUCAGUGUCACAUGAUCCUUCAGAAAUCAUUCUAAUAUGCUGAUUUGGUCCCAAGAGACAUUUCUUAUAAUUUUAAAUCUUUAAUGUUCUUCUGCUUAUGUUUUUACUGUCACUUUUGAUCAAUUUAUUGCAUCCUUGCUGAAUAAAAGUAAUAAUUUCUUAACUAUAUAUAUAUAUAUAUAUAUAUAUAUAUAUAUAUAUAUAUAUAUAGUGACCAAUGCAGUAAUGGAAAUUCCCCAAUUUGUGUUUGUCAUUUUUGACACUUUUUUUUUUAGGUUGUUAAAUGUAUAUUUAGAGGAUGUGUGGGUGUAAGAUUGUACAGCCUUUUGCCUUCUGAUGUUAAGCACUGUCGACAUUUAUAUUAACCAAUGAGACACAUAGAUGGGGGAAAUUACCAUGGUGAUUAUUAUGUAGGGUGGAGACAGCAUGUGUGAUAAAUUAUAUAUGAGGUAACAUUAUAAAUCUGACCUUUAAACAACAGAAAACAAUGAAAAUAUUUAAGGAGAUACAUUCAGCUGAGAUACAUCCCACAGGUGGCCUGAGGUUUUGUUGAGCUGUUUGGGUCAUGUGCACAGGGAUAAUAAAGUGGUUUCCUCAGGACACACAGAACAGAAUUCAGUGAAUUCUCGAUAGACAAGAUGGACAAUCAAAGACUUUCACAGAGUGAGAAUUUCAAUCCUAAUCCUGUUUAUGGUCUGAAUGAAGCAGAACUAGAUAUCCAGGGACAUCGCAGUUGGAAGGCACGUCGUACAAUUUGGGAAAAGCUGAAGGAGGAGAGCCGGUGUUCAGGUACAUGGCUGAAGAGCUGCUUCCUGUCUAUUGCACCUCUCUUGUCAUGGCUGCCACAAUACUCACUCAGGAAAAAUGCUGUUGGAGAUGUGAUAUCAGGAAUCAGUGUUGGAAUCAUGCACCUGCCUCAAGGGAUGGCUAAUGCUUUGCUGGCUGCGGUUCCUCCAGUGUUUGGUCUAUAUUCAUCUUUCUACCCUGUUCUCAUCUACUUUAUAUUUGGAACAUCCAAACACAUCUCUGUGGGUACAUUUUCUAUCCUUUCCAUCAUGGUCGGUACGGUAACAGGUGAUGUGGUGUUUCAAGGCAGUGGAGCAGAGAGCAAUGAGAUGGAGUCUGAAAGCAUGAGAGUUGCCUUUGCAGCUCAGUUGACCAUUCUGUGUGGAUUAAUGCAGAUUCUGCUGUAUGUGCUGCGUUGUGGAGGGGUGUGUCGGUGGUUGUCUCAGCCGUUGGUCAGUGGAUACACUACGGCAGCUGCCAUCCAUGUGACUGUUCACCAGUUGCCUUUACUGAUGGGCAUCUCCAUAGUCAAACACAGAGGCGUCCUCGCUGUGUUCUGGAUGUUUUUAAACAUUGCAUCUGGAAUCGGGAGAGUGUUACCAGCGACACUGGUAGUUUCCUUUGUCUCCCUGGUUAUACUUGCUGGUGGAAAGGUGCUGAAUUCAUGCUGGAGCACUCGAUUUCCCAUUCCAUGGGAGCUGGUGCUGAUUAUCUUUGCCACUGUGUCAUCAGUGCAGUUUGAUUUGUCUGGUCAGUAUGGAAUACAGACCGUUGGACCCAUACCAACCGGGUCAGCAGAGUGUUGGAUUUUCUUUAAAAAAACAAUUAGCUGGAAGUAUUUCGGUGUUAAAACUAAUUCUCACUCUCAUUUAUCCCUUUUUCUCUCUCUUUAUUUAUCUCUAAGUCUCUCACCUCCCUCUCUUCCAUCAUUUUUCUUCUCUCAGGAGCUUUUUUUGACAGCUCUUGCGCUGGCAGUGGUGGGCUAUGGUUUACAAGCUUCUUUGGGCAUGAUGUUUGCUCAUAAACAUGGGUACCCCUUUCACAGCAACCAGGAGCUAUUGGCUCUGGGUCUGAGUAACUCUAUUGGAGGGGUGUUCCAGUGCUUUCCAGUAACCGGAUCCAUAUCUCGCAGCACUGUGCAGGAGAGUACAGGCGGACAAACUCAGGUGACUUCUCUGGUGUCUGCACUGAUAAUUCUAUUGAUCUUGCUGAAGUUUGGCCCCCUUUUUCAGCAGCUUCCAAAGACAGUUUUGGCUGUAAUUAUUUUAGUUAAUCUGCAAGGGGUUUUUGCACAAGUUAAAGAUGUUCGUAAACUUUGGAAUACAGACCGCUUGGACCUGGUAGUGUGGGUAGUGACACUGCUCAGUGCUCUGGUGUUUAACCUGGACCUGGGGCUUGGCAUUGCAAUUGUGUUUUCUCUCCUUACUAUCGUCUUCAGGACACAGAGUGCCAGGUCUGCCGUUCUUGGUCAUAUUGCCGGUACAGACUGUUACAGGGAUCUGGAGAAAUAUGCAAAUGCACUCCAGGUCCCUGGUGUGACUGUGUUUUCCUCCUGUAAUCCACUUUACUACGCCAAUGCAGACCAGACCUUCACAUCACUCAAACAGGCAGUUAGUAAAGGCAUUAAGGAGAAUCCCACAGUAAAUCCUCCAGACCAGCAGGAGACUCAGAGUGCGCAACACUGCGUUAUUCUGGAGCUCAGUGGAGUCACCUUCAUGGACUCAGUGGCCAUGGGCACGUUCAAAUCAGUUAGUGGCACAGAACACACUCACACACAUACAACACGUAGAAGUGUUGAUAUUUUACCGGAGAUUAACAGAAAUAGAUUACCCGUUACUGAUUCUCAUUAACUCCUAA